AUGGCCUGUCCACUGAUUAUCAAUAAGAAUUCUGUUAAGUCUUUGACUGCUUGGUGGCUUUCCAACGAAUCGUCUUUAAAUUAUGUGGGACUCACCCCAAAGAGUGGGCGUGGAAAGGUAUACAUUGAUAUGCACAGUCCAGGUAUAAUUGUUGGAAUGCCAUUUGUGGAUGCUAUUUUGAAAGAGAGUAGUUGUGAAAUUGAGUGGCAUGUGUGCGAAGGUCAAGUAGUGAAAACAUGCCCAACAAGGGUGGCUACGGUUACUGGAGCGAACGAAGAUAUAUUCUUUUGCGAAAACCUAGUGCUCUCAGUUCUGUCCAGAGCCAGUGGCAUAGCAUCUCUGGCAAGCAGAAUCCAGUCAGUUUUACAUGAGAUUUCAUGGCCUGGGACCAUGUAUAUGCCUGACAGGAGGACUCCAGGCUUUGGUCUCGUUGAGGAGUAUGCGAUGAUGACGUCAGGAGUUUCGGAAAGAAGACCAUCUGUUAGUGUUCGGUGUCAAGACACGAGUUCUGAAAACCUUAAAACAGCUAUAGACAAAGUUCGUUCCAGAGUUGGUUCCAUUCCAGUUCAUGUAGCUUGUUCCAAACUGAAUGAAGCUCUUUUGGCCGCUGGAGCUGGAGCAGAUAUUUUGCUUACUGGUUUAGAUGAUAAGGAAGUUUUAGAGAUCGCGACGCAAGUGAAGGGGAAAUAUCCUAAGGUUCAGGUAAUAGUGAGUGGUGUUUUCGACGAAUCGGAUAUCAGAUUGUGUGCAUCGCGCCACGUGGAUCUUUUGACUUCCUUAAAACUGUGCAACGGAUAUACCUGCAUUGACUUCCAGAUGACAUACGUGGAGGGUACACCAACUAAGGAAAUACAUCCGGGAGACUGUGCAGUUCUGCCAGAUGAAACUGAAUCGCCUACUCCUCCAAAACCAAAAUCACCAGGCCCCCAACCCACUGAGGAAGUGGAUAGCUCGAUAUCUGCGCCACUAAAGAAGUCUCGCUUAGUCGUUGACGAGGGGAAUAUCCCUAAGUCAACUAAGCUCAAUGGUACUCCAACCCGCAAUACCAAUCCAACGGCAUCAGAUGCGAAUUGGUCCAAUGCAGCUAGUGCACAAAAUCAGAAGCGUUCUCAGCGAGUCCUUCGACAUCCUCAGUACACACCCCCACAAAGAACAAAUGUUCCACGAUCGCAAUCGCCCAGUGGCUUGCAGUUUUUCAAUAUGGCGAACCCACGGCUCAUACCCCCAACGUCCGCAGCUUCAAGAACGCCGGCUAUGCUGUUACAAUCAGGACUAAACCUUAAUAAUCAAAUAUCAGGAGUAUUACAUCCGCCUAACAACCAACAAAGUGUCGGCAUGCGCUUCCCCAUUGUGGCACCACAAUUACAACAACCUCCACAGUCAAUGUCACAGCGUAUGCCGACAAACCCGACAAAUCCACCAUGUCAUAACGCCCAACCUCAAAAUUGGCAAAUGAAUCAAGGUGGAGCUAGUGGACAUCCAAUGGGUGGAUUGAAUUUAGGAAUGCGUGUGGGUAAUCCAGGAGGACAAAAUAUGAACACCUGUCGAUCAUGUGGAACGCCGAAUCCUGCUUCAAUGCCCUUUUGUCGAAACUGUCGUGCUGGUCUUCGCUAA